AAACUUUUGAACUUUUAACUUAAAACGUUUUUCGCGUAUUUAAAUUGAUGUUUUUUCAUCUUGUAAAUUUUCUUAGCUUUCCUUAUAUUAUGUAGCCAUAUUUAUAGGCUAAGUGCUUCGCCACCUUCCGAAACACUGUCAACAAAAAUUAAAAACCGCGCACGGAUAAACGAUUCACCUCGUACCGUUCAACCGUUGCCACACAAAAAAAAAUCGCCUGCCAGUUAGGACUCCUAUACUUACACGGCUACACAGAUUUCUAUAUAUAUAUAGAUAUAUAGAUAUCUGUGUCUACCUAUUACCAUUGUGUUAUCUCUUGUCAAACGUUUUGCGCCUGGUAUACAUUGAAAUCACGAACUACUACAUGUAGUAGUUCGUGAUUGAAAUGCAACCUUGUAUACGAGUUUUCUUAUCACUAGUCGUCUGAAAAAUAGUCCUAGCUCUUAUCACCUAACUUAACACUCGACACUCGUACUUACUAUUUACUACUUACUACUUAGGUGUGCGAAUAUUGCAAACCGUUUUUUAAUUUAAUUUUUUUCAAUUUGGUUGUUGUAAAAUUGUGUACUACAGCUAAAUGUUUCAAAUCGGUCGCAUCUCAAUUUAAUAUAUGAUUAAUUGAUUAGGUCGAAUCGCUUUGAUAUUACAAUGUAAUUACUGUUGUUACUUAUAAUAGAGCCAAUGGUCAAUAGUUAUGUCAAGUGUUAGCUUUGAAAAAUCGAAAAAGACAACAGUCAAUCAAUUUUAUAUUUUUUUUCAAUUUUCUGUUUGAUUUUUAUUGUUUUUAAAUCUGUAAUGGUACUUCUAAGUCGUAAUAUUAACCUAGUAGUAGUGUAGUUAGUUAUCAAAGUAUAACCAAUAUAAAAGUAAUAUGAUAAUUUCUAUGGCAUGAACUACCAGACAUCAUUAAAAUCUAAAAUGAAAUUCACACAUUGCAAAGGAAGAUUAAUGGUUAAAUGAAAAUCUAAGCAUGCCGAAAUUCAUUAUUUUAUAUAACGAUGAAUAUUCAAAUCUGAAAUAGAUGAGAUCAAAUUAAAUACUGCACUUAAGGCCAGCACAAAUAACGUUUAAUACUAAAAUGGAACAAAGUGCUAUGGAGAUAGUCAAUGAUGAUGUAUCAGAUGAAAAAGCUGAUGUUGAAAUGGAACAUAAAAAUGAAAAGGAUACAGAAUGUAAAGAAAAACAAUCACUCAACAGUUUAAAUGAAUUAACAAAAUGUUGUAAUACUAAAUAUGAACCACAAGAAUUUAAUGAAGAUAAUAAUUUUGAUAAGAGUAGUACUAGUUUGGUAUUAAGCACACAAUUUAAACAUUUUAAUGAAUCGGUAGAUUGUGCUGAUGUAAUACAAUUACAACAGUUAAAAUGUGGCCCAUCUUAUGAAGAUACAAUUGAACCUAAAAUUUUACCAGAGUUGAAUAAUUGUUUUGACCAUGAAUUUGAAUCUGAACAAUACUUUAAUUUAAUUUCCAAACAAACUGAGAAUUUUGAUUUAAGCUGUGAUGAAACCAACAUAAUUUUACCUAGUUUUUCUGAUUCACAUUGUACAAAUAGUUUUUCUUGUUCAUUUUAUUCGGACAACAUAUCUAGUCCACCUUGUACUUCUUAUAUGUCUUCUUUGCCAGGACCAUCAAAUGAACACUCAGAAUAUAGUUUAACUAAAGAAGAUCUUUUAUUUAGUUAUUUUGAAAAAAUUUCUCAUGAUAAUCUUGAAUCAAUGUCGGAAUCUAAUGAAAUAAUCGAAAUAAAAGAUGUUGAAAAUAACGAUACAUUAGAAAAAAAAAAAUUAAUAGAAUUUGAUCUUCAUCAAUAUUUGUUAGAAAAUGUAAAAUUAGAAGAUAAUAAUGAAGUUCAAAAUAAUUCUGAAUGUUUUGUAGAAGACAGAAUAAUUAUUAAUCCAAAUAUAAUGUAUAAUAUUGAACUUAAAUCACAUCUUAAAAAAAUGCAACUCUUAGCAGAUCAAGUUUCACAAACACCUGAUGACUCAACAGUGUUAAAUAAAUGUAUGGAAUUAAUGUCAAUCCCUGAAAUUAAACAUGGGCAACAAAUAAUUACUGAAGAAUGUAAACCAUUUCCUGAAAACAUUUCUGAAUCAAAUUGUUAUAAUAUUCAACACAAGGACUGGGAUAAAAUAAUGGUCAGCCAAGCAGUAGUACUCUGUCAUGUUGGAUUUGAUUUUACUUCAAAAGACACUUUAUACCUUCUUAGAGACGAAGCUAUUAACUACAUAAAAAGAUUUGCUGGUAUUAUGAAAAAAAAUUUUGAUAUUCAAUCAAAAAGUUCUUCUCCAAGCAGUAUUGAUCCAAUUCUAAAUAGUCUUCAGGAGAUGGGUGUGAAAGGUGGUGUGGCAGAAUUGAUUAAACAUUAUAAAAAUGAUAUUUUUGAUAGGCGUAAUAGGUUAUUAAAGGAAUGUGAACACUUUCAAUCAACUAUUAAUCAGUUUGUUGAACGUUCAUUAGUAACCCCUACAAUUAAAAACAAGUAUGACACUCCAAAAUUCUUUGUUGGAGAACAGUCAAUAAGUAAAAUAAACUGUAUAAACGAGAGUAUGGAAGAAAAAGCAUCCAUAAAUACUGAAAUUAAUCUUUCUGAAUCUAGCAAUAUUGAUAACAUAAAUACGACUCCAGUAAAAUUUGAAAACACUAAUACAGCUGAUGUUUAUAAUAGAAAAAUGUAUUAUACAAAAUGUUCAAACACUGAUAUACAAAUUAACGAUCUCUUGAAAUUUUCACAUAUGAUAACUACACCCUCAGACUGUAAAACUAAUUCAUUUUCGAGUAAAAAAUCUUUUUUAAGCUCUAAUAAUUUAAGUAAACAACAGAAUGAAAAUGAUAUCAAUCUUUUGAAAAAUAAAAACCUUUUUGAAGUACUCAAGUCCGAUAACAUUUUUGAUGCAACUGAAAAUAAAAAAAAUAUUGAUAAAGUAAAAAUCCAAUCUACCUCAACCUCUAGUACAGUUUCUUCUAAUUCUGUUAAAUCUAUUGGAUUAGAUCAAGCGUCUUUUCAAAAAGUAAUUAAUGCAUUUAAUAAAAAUUUUGAUCAUGAAUCUGUUUAUGGCAACUCUUCACAAUCGCAAAAUAUACCUGCCUUUAUUAAUCCAGAUACCGACGAUGCAAUGAAUGAAGAAAACUAUUCAGACUAUCUCAAUUGAAAAUGAGGAUAAUAAGUUACAAUUAUGAUUCAUAAGUCUAGAAGACAUAUUUGCAUAGGUUGUCUUUAUCCAGCAAAUUUACUAUAUUUUUGUAAUCAAAAAAACUAUUUUUCUGUUGUUUAGAGUAAAAUUAUCCAAUAAUAUAAUUUUAAGUUCAGUAUAUUAUCUGUCUUUAUACCGGUUAUUUAACAAGUUAAUAUUUUUUUAUAUUGAAAUAUUUUACACGUGCAUUACUUGUUUAACAAUUUUAAUUCACUACAUUAUUCUUAAAUUAUGUAAAUAGUUACAAAAAAUAUCAUAUUAUAAUUAUAAUCACAAUACAAGUAUAAUUCUUAUUGUUUGUUUUCUUAAUGUUUGUAAUACAUUAAUUUAUACAAUACUUGUUAUGAGAAAUAGCUACUUGUACUUUACUUUUAUUUAAAAUAGUAAAAAAUAAUACAUUUUUUAUAAAUAAUUUCAAAAAUAACAAUUUAUAUUUUACUAGUUUUGUAAUUUAAGUUAAAAUUUAUUUUAAUUUUAAUUAUAAUUAAUAAUUUGACCUAUUUAUACUAGUAUGUUUUUUAUUUGUAAAAUUUGUACUUAUUAUUUAUUUUAUUCAAAGAAUUUUUAUAACAUUUACAUAAUAUUUGAUGUAUACCAUAUUUAUUAAUAGUAAUAAUACCUUUACCUAAUAACAGUAAUAACAUAUUUUUAAAGCUUGGUCUAACUAAAUAUUAUAAAUAUUAAAUAUCAAUUAUGAUUUUGGGAUAAAUCUUGUUUAAGGAAAUGAUUGAUACAGUUUAUUAAGCAGUGAAACUAGGAAUAUUCCUACUAUUUGUACUAUAAGGUCUUUAAAACUAAAUUGAAUAACCAUUGAUGUUUUUAUACAAUAAAAUAAAUAACUUAUUUUUUAAGUAUUAAGAUAAGAUUAAUUUGCUAAAACAGCAAUAUAAUCAGUAAGUACAUACAAGCAAUUUAAAAAUAGAUAAAAGAAAAAUGUGAUAUUGAGAUUUAUUUAACUUUUUUAUUUUUAUAUAAAUUUAGAAUAUACAUUAUGUAUAUGAGCUACAUAAAAUAAAUAUCAAAAAAGCGGGCAAGUGAGUACCGCUCUGCUGUACAUUAGGUGCCGUAUGGAUCAUUAUUAUAUAUUAUAGGAGUGUUAAAUUUGAAUCCAAUGAUAGUUAUCCAGUGCCGCAAUAACCGGGUGUGUUACGUGUGUUAAACACACGGGCCCAGGGCUCCAAUCUAUAAUGGGGGCCAAAUGAUUUUAAAUGUUUUUUUUGUAUUGUUGUAACUCAAAAAUGAAUCAUUGUAAGUACUUGAAAUUGUCACUAAAUGUUUAGGUAUGUUAGCGUUAUCUAUAUACGGUUUAAUUUUCAAAAUAAUAUGGCUUUUUUUUUAGCUAUUUAUAGACAACGGGAAUUUUUUUUUGAAACGUCGAUAAAACAACUUUGGAUUCUCAAAAAAACUUAAAAAUUUAAUACAAAAUUUCUUAUAAUAUAUAUAGUCGUUUUUACUGUAGUUAAAAAAAAACCAAAAAUCGAUGGUCACAAUUUUUUUUUAUUAACGUUUUAAGUUUAAAAUUUUUACGGUAUAUGUCAAAAUUGCAAAAAUUUGCAAGUAAUUUUGUAAUUAAAAAUUAAUAGAAUUGUUUAUAUUCAUAUCUAAGAUUUUUUUAUUUAAAUUUAAAAUGAAUAAAGUAGACUACAAAUUAUUACGUUUAUUUUCAAAUACCUCUAUAUGUUCUAAUUAUGUUAACCUUAUUUUGUAUGAGUAAAAACUCAAAUUCCAAACUAUGUUUACAAAUUUGAAAUAAUUAA